CAUUGUUCCCCGACCGCGUCAAUUCAGCACAGCUUCGGCAAGGUCAAAGCCCUGGUUCUUUCAUAUUGGAAUCUUUGGUUCAUCAGCGACACCCUCAAAACCACUCGUAUGGCGUCGAGUGUUCUCUGUGAAGCGUGUGACGCUAUUUUCGACUGGGUUUGGAGCCAGGACGAGGAUUACGAGUUAUCGGACACACUGAAAGGGCCAGAAUGGAUAUCCUCGGGUUCCAGUUGCUCUCUCUGCACCAUCUUCAGCUAUGUCCUCAAUCCGACAUUAUCCAAGAUAGUGAGCGAGCGAAACGGAAAGGUUUGUGCCUACAGAGUGGAUACUCCCUACCGAGGCAUGCCCGUACAACUCCUCGCUGUGAAACCAAACGGGCAAGACUUUCGAGAUCGUCCAACGCUACUCAAUGUCGAUGUCGUCUUCAAGAGGCUUGAUGCUACAGACAAGGAUGGAGAACUCCUUCUAAACCCUCUUGAUCAUACCUCGGGCUCAGCCUGGACCUUGUCCCAUAUUAGCCAAAUCAAAUCCUGGCUUUCGACAUGUAUAGAGAGCCAUCCUGGAUGCAAACAUGGCGAGAGGGGCAGGCAGCUGCCUCUCCGCCUGAUCGACGCCAAUCCCGAAGUCAAAGGGAUUUCUUGCCCUUCUCUACAUGUGUCGGAAGAAGAAGACCUCGCGAAGCUCUCAAUUGACGCUAUGCCAACCACACGUCUCUGCCCAACCUCUAAACUUCCGGUCGAAACAGAGUAUCUGACUCUCAGUCAUCGAUGGGACCUUCAACCUUCGCUCUUGCUAUCAAAUAGCACUCUAGAAACCUGGUCGACCGGGAUCCCCCCACAGUUAUUGAAUGAUCCCAGUUCGAAGGUAUUUAGAGAUGCUAUAUAUGUCACGCGAUGUCUCGGAUUCCGAUACCUCUGGAUUGACUCAGUCUGUAUUAAUCAGGAUGACGAAGCGGAGAAGGCUUCUGAAAUCGCCUCUAUGCAUCAUAUCUACGACAUGGGCACUCUCAAUCUCUCAGCCACGGGGGCUGAGAAAGCGGCGGAUGGAUUGUUCUUUCCACGAACCAAGUUUACUCAGCCCUGUCAGAAGGUCCUUGCAGCGAGCUCCAAAUGCAACGAGUCCCGAGGUGUCGUCGCUUGUCUAGAUCAUAAUUGGUACAGAUUUGUAUCUUCCGCGGCACUCAAUAGCCGUGGUUGGGUCUUCCAAGAGAGGAUGCUUUCCCGGAGAGUCCUUCAUUUUGCUCGUCCUCAGAUGUACUGGGAGUGCUUUAGUGCCUAUGAAUCGGAAGACUACAUUCAAGGUCUUCAUGAACGCGCAUCUUACCCCACGUACGGAAACAAGACCGGACUGAGUUCGUCAUUAAUACCCCGGGAGUCAAAGGUCUCUUACGGGGUAUCUGAGUUGUGGAUGAGGAUACUGGCGGCCUAUACAGAGUGUUUUUUAACAUAUCCAGUAGACCGACUCCCAGCUAUUUCCGGAAUUUCCCGACGAUACGGUGCGCUCAGAGGACUGGGAGACGAUGAUUACUGUGCGGGGUAUUGGCGCCCUGAUAUCCCCGCGUGCCUCUGUUGGUCAGUCCGGCAUCCCACGUCCGAGUCGUUCAAGUAUGGUCGGAGGCUUGAAAACGAGUAUGUUGCUCCGUCUUGGUCAUGGGCUUCCGUUGGAGGACCGGUGCUCGUGGGGCCAUUGGAUGACGAUUCUUCAACUCAUGAUGGGAUCAUUGACAUUAUUCACAUUUCAGUCACAAACGAGAACUCAGAUCCUUUUGGAAGAGUCACCUCUGGCUCUUUAUUACUGCGGGGUUUACUGCGCCAAGUUGUAUGGCAUAGAGAGAGCCGGAAAUUGGAAUGCUCCUUUGGCGACGGUACCCUCAACAUGCCGUUCUGCGUGACCUGGGAUUCCAGCUACUUCACAACCGGGGUUCCAAUCACAAACGAGUACUGCAAGCCUACAGCAUCGUCAGGCAACGAAGUACAUGUGAUUGAAACCGAGGCUGAAGGAACUUUGACGCCUGCCAUGUGGGUAAUGCUUCCAGGCAAUGCUCGGGUAACUGUUUCAGACAGUAUCUUUUACCUUUUGCCAAUAAUGAGCGCAGAUGGACGCAUGCAUGGUUUGAUAUUACAUCGAACCCUUCAACGAGGCCAGUAUAUUCGGCUGGGUACAUUUUCGUUGGAAGACUGGGGUGAUACUGAAGUUGAAGUAGAGUCCUCGGACGCAAUGGAUGUGAAAGAUGCCCCGCCUGUUAAGGAACGAGUGAACUUUGCUUCAUUCCAAGAAUGCAAGGAGGCUCUCUUUAGUAACAUUCAAGAGUUGGGAGAUGAUGACUCACUGGAGGUUCUGGAUGAUGGAAUGAGGCUGAUUGAGAUUAUCUAAUGAGAUUGGGUCUAGCUACAAUCCUAUUGCUUUCUGAACCUUUAAAUAGCAAGUAGAAAAGAGGCCCCCAGAAUAUGCUGGUACGCCCUACUAUACAAAUAACACCUUGUUUGCUUUUA